CCCAUCAAAAAACAAAACACCCCCGGCAACUCGCCCCCACGCUCUCCCCCAUCCUCCUCCCAACUUCCUCUCCUUCGUCACAUGUGUAAGACCAAAACCCGAACCGACGCGACAGAACCACCUCCAUCCAUCUCCAACCGCUCGACCCGCCGAACCCGUCCCUCCUCCACGUCCACCGCUACUAUCAGCUCCGGCGCCACCGAUUCUGCCCGAGUCAACUCAUCCGCCACCACCAGCACCUCCGCCUCGAGCCACUCCUCCCUCGCCAGCCUCCGUUCCUCCUUGCCGGAAAACCCCCACAUCUAUUCCUUCUCUGAAAUCUCCUCCGCCACCAACAACUUCCUCUCCAAACCCAUCUCCUCCUCCACCUGGCGCUGCACCCUCCGCUCCAAACCCUCCGUCGUCGUCAAGCGCCGUCUCCGCCGCCCCCUCGACUCUGCCCAGCUCAACCACCUCCUCUCCUCGAUCUCCCGCACCCAUCACACCAGCAUCAUCAAGCUCCUCGGAGCCUCCAUCUCCGGCAACUCCAUCUACCUCGUCUACGACUUCGCCUCCGGCGCCACCCUCUCCGCUGCCCUCCGCAACCCCCAAAAUCCUAGCUUCACCCUCCUCCCCUCCUGGCUCUCCCGAAUGCAGAUCGCCACUGACCUCGCCCAAGGCCUCGAGUACAUACACCAUUUCUCCGGUGAAAAUAUCAUCCACAACCACAUCAAAUCCUCCGCCAUCAUCGUCUCCGAUCCCUCCCUCAAUGCCCGGAUCUGCCAUUUCGGUGCGUCGCUGCUGGUCGGAGAAAUCCCCGAUCCGUCGUCGUCUUCGACAUUGCAGAAAUCUAAUUCUAGGGUUUCGAGGGUAGAAGGGACGCGUGGGUACAUGAGUCCGGAGUUUAUAACGGCUGGGAUCGUUUCUCAGAAAUCAGAUGUGUUUGCGUUUGGGGUUGUGAUUUUGGAGAUUUUUUCAGGAGAGGAGCGUUUGAAGUAUAGAUUCGAUGAGGGGAGAAGUGAAUAUGAGAGGAUUUCGCUGAUUGAGACUGUGAAGGAUGCUUUGGAGAGAGCUGAAGAUGGGAUGCUGCGGCGGUGGAUGGACCCGAGGAUGAAGGACUCUUUUCCUGGGGAGGUUGCGGAGAAGAUGAUGCGUAUCGCGCUGGAUUGCGUACACGUGGAGGCUGAUAAACGGCCGGAUAUGAGUCAGGUGGCCGGGAAGGUGUCGAAGCUGUAUUUGGAGUCGAGGGUCUGGGCGGAGCAGAUGAAGAGUCCCACCGGGAUUUCAGUGUCCCUGGCGCCACGCUGAAGGUGGGGCCCACCGUCAUGUUUAUAUAUUAGAAGCUUUCAACGGCGGGCAAUCAAUCCCACCUGGCUUGGAUUUUCCCACGUGUUUGAGCUCAUGUCCGCAAGGAGGAUGGACAGGGUGGAUGAAAAUAAGAGGUGUAUCAUGGUGGGCCCCAUAGAGCUAAGGGCUGCAGGCAAUCGGCAUUCAUCGCUGCGGAUGUUUUCGUGGCCCAAAAGUCAGAUGCUCUGGGGGCUACAAGCGUACGGGAGGAGAUGUUAGAAAAGAUUGCCGGUGGUAUAAGUUUCGACGUACACACGCGGCCCACCUUACUACCAGACUUUGCUAAGGGAGGCUUUCAGUGGACCCCACCUGAUGAGCGGUGAAUUGGCUUGGAAGAACGAGUCAGUUUUUU